AUGCUUGACGAACGACAUCUACAACAUCAGAUGACUGACGAACAACUCCGCGAGAUGAAUGAAAACGGGUAUCUUACCGUUGAAGACGCGCUCCCGCCAGAUCUCGUUGAACGGCUUGAAACAAAGGUAGACAACAUCUACCAGAACCAUCUUGGCGCUGGUUACGAUCCAUAUAGCAAGAGUCAACUCACUGAGCAUAACAACUUCUUCUAUCCGAAUUUUCUCGGUACAGACCAGAUUUUCGUGAAUAUUUUGGAUUGGUAUAAAACGUUCCCGAAGGUCUGGGGAAUCUUGGGAUGGAAUAUCUACUCCUAUCACAGCCAUUUCAUCAUCACACCGCCGCGUCCCGAUGAGGUUCGGGGUAAAUCGACUCCACUCGGCUGGCAUCAGGACAGUGGACGCGUCAACUCUGAGCUUGAAAGUUCGCCGCGACCCCGUCUUUCCAUAAAGGUUGUCUACUGGCUAUCCGACUGCUCCGAAAUAGGGCGCGGAAAUUUCUAUGUUAUACCGGGAAGCCACCUCUGGGAUAAACUUGAAAAGCCAAAAGACGGCUCGCUGCCGGACAAAGCAACGCCAAUCUGCUGUAAGCCCGGUGAUGCAGUCUUCUUCGACCGGCGGCUAUGGCACGCCCGUAGCGAAAACGAUUCAGACAUCACCCGAAAGGGACUCUUUUACGGCUACGGGUACCGAUGGCUACGGAGUAAGGACAACAUGACCAUACCCGCAGAGAUGUUUGAGCGGAACGACCCGAUUCGACAGCAGUUACUUGGUGGCAGCACCAACGCAAACGGGCAUUUUUCACCCAAAGAUGCAGACGUGCCUUUGAAGGUAUGGCUUGAAGAAAAAGCCGACACCGAAUUUGAGGUGAGCAAUCAGUAUAGUGGUAUCAUUGAAAGCUUCAACGCCUCAAAACGGACAACUUUCAUCAUUGAUAAAGCGGGAUACAUCCGUGCCAUUGAUACAGAUGUCAAUGUCAAAACGCACGGUGAAGAUGUCGCCGUCCUGCUUAAGGAAGUCCUACCAAAGAUAGAGGUUGGGCAACCCGCUCCAGAUUUUAUUGCAACCGAUGGAACCGAUGUAAACGGCAUUGGGUAUGCUAUCGACGUGCCACCGAGAACUGUAACGGACUUACCACCUAUAGGUGAUACUGUUAUUCUUUAUACAUACUACCAUCAAAACCGCGAAAACAAAAUUACGCUCUACGGGUUCACUUCAAAGGAUGCACUCAAAGUUUUUGAAUUGGCACUGACCGUCUCGGGUGUAGGACCAGCACUCGCACAAAACAUCGUUACGAGGCUGUCACCUUCACAAUUCCAACGCGCUGUCCACAGCGGAGAUGCAACGACCCUCAUGCGGGUUCCACGCUUAAGCGAAGACAUCGCUCAAGUCAUCAUCACCAAACUCAAAAAGAACAUUAUGAAAUUGAAACUCGAAGGUGAUGUCGACCUCGGAAAACCCACUGGGGCUCCAGAUGCAGAGGCAAUCAAAAUCCUCAUCAACCUCGGUGCAUCGGAACUUGAAGCAGAACAAGCCGUCGAUAAGGCACAACAAGUUCUCGGUGAGUCUGCACAACAAGAAAACCUAAUCGCGCAAGCACUCCGAUAUAUCCGAAAUUAG